AUGGGAAAACGAAAGAAGUCAAGCCGCGGCCCGCAAGGGCCUAAGAAGAAAGAACCUCUUGCGACCACCUUUGACUGCCUCUUCUGCAACCACGAAAACGCCGUUAUAGUCAAGCUUGAUAAGAAGCUGGGCCUGGGAAACCUGUCUUGUAAAGUCUGUGGUCAGAGAUUCCAGUCAGGAAUAAACUACCUCUCGGCCGCCGUUGAUGUGUAUUCGGACUGGGUGGAUGCUUGCGAUUCAGUCGCGAAGACGAAAGCCAACGAUUAUGACCAACGUGACCUCCAGGAUGGACUGGACGUAGAUAUCGAGAACCCGUCCCACGUUGACUAG